GCCCGCCCGCGCCCGCCGCCCUCUCCGGGGAGCCGACACCAACUUCUGCUGGCGAACUCCGUUCUGCCCCUUUGUGGCCCAGGGCGACCUCAGCAGCCCUGAGCGACAGCCCCGCCGCAGUGCCCAGAGAGGCCCCCGGGUGGCCCAGCGCCUCCCCGGCGCUUUCUGGAUGGAGGCGCCUCAGGAAGAAGCUGGCUGACGCUUUGGCCUGCACCUUCCAGCCCCUGCUGACCACACCUCCCCUAGUGCAGAGGCCGCGGUGAGGAGCAGGAAAUGCUGAACCAGGGAGCUGAGGUGGCAUCUGGAACCUGUGGCCUGCAUGUGGGCUUGGAAGACCGGAUGAACCCCAACAGCUGUCUGGGAGGCAAGAAACCAGGGAGCUGGCUCCUCAGGAUCUGGGUCUGAACGCUAGGAUGGAGCUGGGGGCAGUGGCCAAAACCUUCGUGCUGGAGCUUCGGUGUCUUGAAGAUGGGGGCCCAGGGCCUGACACCCUCUCAGGUGGCAGCGGUGGGAGUGAAAGUCAGGAGGAAGAAGAAGCUCAAGAGAAGAAUAGCAGCCCACCACGGCCAACAAGCUCAGCUCCAAUGGGGGCCAGGGAAUUCACCGACAAAGCACAGCCCAGACAACAGGAGUUGCAACUACAACAGUCAGAACAGCAACCAGAGAAGCAGCCACAAAGCCAGCCAUCAGAACAGCAGUUGGAGUUGCAGCAGCAGCAGCAAGAUGGGGAAGACCAGCUGCCUCAACAAAAGAAAGACCUGCAGGGAACACCCCAACCUGUGCCACCUGGACAGCAGAAACCCCAACUGCAGCUGAUACAACAGCAGGAACAAGCACAGGAGCAGCCUCAGGAGCAGCACUUGUAUGAGCAACAACUGUGGCAGCAACAAAAGGAACAGUUACAGCAGCAGGACCAGUUACAGCAGCAGCAGGAGGAGGAACAGUUACAGCAGCAGCAGCACCUGCAGCAGCAACAAUUGCAGCAGCAGGUGGAGGAACAGUUACAGCAGCAGCAGCAACACCACCAGCAGCAGAAGGAGGAACAGUUACAGCUGCAGCAGCAGCAGGAGGAGAAACAGUUACAGCUGCAGCAGCAGCAAGAGGAAAAACAGUUACAGCAACAGCAGCACAUGCAACAGGACCAGUCACAGCAGCAGCAGGAGGAACAGUUACAGCACCUGCAGCAGGAACAGUUACAGCAGCAGCUGCAGCAGCAGCAGGAACAGUUACAGCAGCAGCACCUACAGCAGCAACAGUUACAGCAGCAGCACUUGCAGCAGCAGCAGGAACUGUUACAGCAGCGCCAGCAGCAACAGUUACAGAUGCAGCAGAUGCAGCAACAACAAGAACUGUUAGAGCAACAGCAGCAUCAACAGUUACAGAUGGAGCAGCUGCAGCAGCAGGAACGGCUACAGCAGCAGCUGCAGCAGCAACAGUUACAACAGCAGCUGUUGCAGCAGCAGCAGUUACAGCAGCAUCAGCAGCUGUUGCAUCAACAGCAGCUGCAGCACCCAGAACAGUUGCAACAACAGCAGCUGCAGCAGCCAGAACAGUUGCAACCACAGCAGCAGCAGCAGCCCUGUCCACUGGAGCCAGAGGAGGAGGAAGAAGUGGAGCUGGAGCUCAUGCCAGUGGACCUGGGGUCGGAGCAGGAACUGGAGCAGCAGCGGCAGGAGUUGGAGCGGCAGCAGGAGCUGGAGAGACAGCAGGAACAGCGGCAGCUGCAGCUCAAACUGCAGGAGCAGCUGCAGCAGCUGGAGCAGCAGCUGGAGCAGCAGCAGCAGCUGGAGCAGCAGCAGCUGGAGGAGCAGCAGGAGGUGCAGUUGGAGCUGACCCCAGUGGAGCUGGGAGCCCAGCAGCAGGAGGUGCAGCUGGAGCUGACCCCCGUGCAGCCGGAGCUGCAGCUGGAGCUGGUGCCCGCCACGGGGGGCGGCGGGACUCCGGCCCCGGGGGCUCCAGCCGCGGUCGUGGUGGCCCCCCCGGGCUACGUGGUGCUGCAGGAGCUCAUGGUGCUGCCUGCCGUGGCCGCGCCCGCGGUGGUGGCCAUUCCCGGCCCCGCGGGCAGCGCGGCUCUGACUCCAGCCAGGCAGCGGCGGCGGCGGCGUGCGCGGGAUCGGCCGACCAUCUGCGGGGAGUGUGGCAAGGGCUUCAGCCGCAGCACGGACCUGGUGCGCCACCAGGCCACGCACACGGGCGAGCGGCCGCACCGCUGCGGCGAGUGCGGCAAGGGCUUCUCGCAGCACUCCAACCUGGUGACGCACCAGCGCAUCCACACCGGUGAGAAGCCCUACGCCUGCUCCUACUGCGCCAAGCGCUUCAGCGAGAGCUCGGCGCUCGUGCAGCACCAGCGCACGCACACGGGCGAGCGGCCCUACGCCUGCGGCGACUGCGGCAAGCGCUUCAGCGUCUCGUCCAACCUUCUGCGCCACCGGCGCACACACUCGGGUGAGCGGCCCUACGUUUGCGAGGACUGCGGCGAGCGCUUCCGCCACAAGGUGCAGAUCCGCCGCCACGAGCGCCAGCUGCACGGCGCCGGCCGCUCGCGGGGCCUGGGCCUGCUCCGUGGCACACGCGCGGCCACCGGCGGCCCAGCACGCUCAGAGCAGGCAGCGGGGGCUGCGGACAAGGCACCGUGACUGGGACGGGCGGGGACGGGCGGGGACGGGGUGGGGGGGCACGCUGGGGUCCGGGAGAGCGCAGGCUCCUCCCGCCCUGAUCCAUGGUGUGUGCGCGCCUCCUGGAAAUUGGCUGUGGCCAGGCUUCUGGCUCUCCCCCUGGUUAGCAGAGGGGAGGCCAAGUUCACACAUGGACCCUCGGGAAGGCUGCACCUCCUUAAGAGGGAAGCCGCUGCGGCCAGGCAGCACAGAUGUUGCACAUCUGUAAGAACAGCUCGCCGCACACAUUUCUUAUUGGGUACCAAUCCGUGAGGAGUCUGCAAAGCCCUUCCCCUGGAAAACUGGACUUCGUAGAAGUGAGAGCCACAGGAGAAAACUGCCGGUGAUGCAUGUGACAGUUGGUGACAUUAGACAUGCAUUGAACACUAACCAGGGAAUCAAAUACAUGUGGUGAAACGCACAGGAAUAGGAUUUGAUCCUGGUGAAAAUUUCUUCAAAGAAAAAAAUGGGGGAAGAAAGGAAAUUUAUCUGCACUUUGUAGAAAACUGAUCAAGGCAUUGAAUUGUCCUCAGUGGCAUUUGCCUUGAAAGUACUUUCUAGAAUGAAAAUUCAUCAGGGUGGAUAUAAUCCUGAUUAAAAUGUGUUCCUAAGCACAGGGUCAGAGUGUCUACUGGGUCAGUGCACAAAUGCCAGGAAGCCCCUCCCUGGGUGGGAGCUACACCUUCCCUCCAGGGGAACUAAGGGCUCCAAUAAGCAUGAAAGUCAGGCUCUAGCCGGCUUUGCUGCCAAGUUCCCGAGCCCACAGGGGCCUUUCAGUGUCCUCUUGACCAGGAGCCUGCCGCUGAAACAGAGGGCAUUCUGAGAAUGCUCCCUGAGGUCCAGCAGAGUGAUCCCCUUGGGGACAGAGUUCUGAGGAAGCCCCUCCCUGACCUCCCUGAGAUCCACCAGCUCUAAGCAUCUCUUUUGCUUGCCCUGGGGACUAAGGCUGUGGGGUUGGGGCCUUGAGACCCAGGGGCAGUGUUCUCCUGGGCCAGGCUAUGCAAGGUGCUGGCCCGAGCAGAUCCUGCCUCAUCACUGGGAGAGGGGGUCAGAGGGAUAAAUUGGGGGACAGAAGUUGGAGGCAACAGAAAUGCUUUUUACAACGUUUACAGAAUUGUCUGGGGGAUCUGUGAGAGCUUCAGCAAUGUUAAUCCCUGUGGGAAGGCAGGAUGGUGGAGGAGGCUACCCGCCCCUGCUGCCCCCAAGGGUUUCCUGCUCUCGGCUUCCCAUGUGUGGCUGCUUAGAUCCUGCACCCCUUAUUGUCCCCCUGCUUCUCCUUUACUAACACAGCCUGCUACAUCUUACAAAUGUGUUGGUAAGUGAGAAACAAAAAUUGAAAAAUAAAUUUAAAUGGAAGAAA